AUGGCUGCCUCGCCCCUAUCUCCCGCACUUGGGCUCCCCUUCCUGUCGAAUUCUGCUGCUCCAGCGGGGAGAACUUUCCUAUGCUGCGCCUUCAGGACUGGAUUGGCUUCGAGAGCCUCGAGAGUGUCCCACGAGGAUGAGGCGCUCUUCGCCAGCGUUGCGCCUCGGUUCCGUCGGUCCCGAUGCCGCUGCCGUCCCCGUCCAGACCGCCCGUCGCGUCGGAGAGGCAUGGUGGUGAUGGCUAAGGGGUCGGAUUACUAUGCCACUCUGAAUCUCCGCCGGAACGCGACGUUGCAGGAGAUAAAGACGGCUUACAGGAGCCUCGCUCGUAAGGUGGACUUUUUUUAUGAUGCGGCUCUUGUCUUCUGUUCCUUAGGUCGCCUUAUUUGAUGUAAAGUGAAUAUGCUGGCCUCAGCUGGCUUAGAUUUCAAUUUAUCAGUGUUGACUUCUUUUGGAUUGUUGCUGGUAAGAUCACCAUUGUUUGAUGCGAGAAAGGUGUUAAAUGAGCCUUCCAUCAUCUCCUAUAAAACGGAUAAGAUUAUGAAGUAAAUUCGCAGAUAGCUCAGAUUAUUACAUUACUGCUGACCAAGACACUAGACAGCGUGGCAUCUGGGAUCUAGAUAUGCCCAUCUCCACCGAAAGUGACGAUAGUGAAGCGGAAGAUUUCAAGUGAACAAUUCCUUUCUUGGAAUCACCUAGCAUCAUUGCCACCCGUUCAUGUGGGAAGGUAUAGAAGCCACCAUGGAACAUUUGUUCCUAUGGUAUAAGCCAUUCCGCCAAAAGAUGUGUUUUGGUGUCGUAACUGGGGUUUAAUCAGCACUGAUACUCGAAGAAGACCACAGAGUAUCGUGGCCUAUCGUGUACACAAUCUUUUGGGCCUAUGGAAAGUGAGUUAUUUUCUUUUUUAUAUAAUUUGUGAAUAUAUGGUAUCAUUCAUUUUCAUAAAACGAAAAAAAGGCAGGAACCGCAGCAUUCAUUCGGUGCAUCUCUGAAUUUCGCAAUUCCAAUAUAUGUGACAAAUUAAAAGGACUUUGAGGUCAUUAGACAGUUCCAUAGUUGGUGAUUGAUCCCUGGUGCGCAAGUGAUUUAAUUUAGUUAUGUACUCUCCUGAAGGAAUAACUUGUACAGUUGUAGAGCUACGAAGGGUACAUCGAGUUUGAUCAACACUUGUACUUUUUUCACGACGUCAAAAAGUUGCCAACUUUUUUGAGAGAAAUUUGCAUAGCUCAAAGAUUUUUCGAACACAUUUGACAAUAACUCUGUAGACUCUUAAAAGAUGAACUUAACUCAAAAAUCAUUAUUUAUUUUUUACUAUUUCCUAAUGGAGUCCUGCGUUAGGCAUUGGGAGCUUUUGUAUUUAUAUUCAUUUUUUAGAGUAUUCUGCUCGGAAUGCUAGUUGAAAAUAUUGGAUGGCCCAAGACUUGGGGAAUGACAUUCUUCCAUUUGGAUGAAAAAUCUUGAAAGUAAUCAACUGUAAAAGCUUAUGCGAAGUAAAUCUGCGGAAGGUCGAUAUUUUGGAUAUCUCUAAUGACAUAAAAUUAGCCAUCGUGUGGGCUCCAUGCAUGCACACUUCAUGUGGCUGGAUGUGGUCUUCCCUCCGUUACCUAUGCCUAGAAUGUCACUAUCAAGGACAAAUGGUUUUGGAGUUCACUCGAGAUAUUUUACCAACUGAUAACUGCUCUAUAUACAGGAAAGUUUAACGCUGGUUUUGUUUUAGGGCAUCUUGUUUGAGACUGCAGGACGAGCAAUUUAAGUUUUUUAUACUUCAUUGUAUGUCAACUUGGAGUGUCGAAAAUGUGCUUAUAUGAUUUGGUUUUAAAUCGAACACAAUUUUGAUCAAGUCUCCUGUCCAACUCUGGUUAAUUUUUAAGGGGUUUUUAAUAUAUCUGCAAUUAUCUCUUACCAAUGUUCACAACCAACUCCAUAUUAUUCUUCAUACCAAAAAUACUGUUUCCAUAUUAUUCCUCUUUCCUAAGACUUACAAUGUUUAUCAUUAAACCUUGUUUUCGUUCCAUAUUAUAAACUUCAACACAGGUAAGUUGGGAUAGGCCAGGAGAAGGGUGAGGAAUUAUCUAAGAUAUAAUCCUAGUUCUGCCAUUGACUGCGUGGGAGAUGAUUUAAAAGAAACAAUCAUAGAGAUUUUUUGGUAUGGAGCAUGAGAAGUAAAGAAACAAAGGCAAUCAAUCAUUGAGGCAAAUGAUCAUGAUAAAAUGUAUUUUCGUGUGAAAUGAUCAAUUCGUUUAUCGUGAAGUGGAAAUCAUGCAUGUUCAUUACUCACCUUGAAUGAAUUGAUUGAUUGACGGAUUAAGUCUGAAAUGCCAAUUAGAAGCAUCCUUUAAAAACUGUUUUGUGACUCCUGAUUCCAGUGAUAUAGUAAGUGUUAAUAUGAAGAGGAAAUAAAAGGCCCCUGCGAUGAUUCUCUAUGUCUCAGCUGGCAUAAUCUUUAAUGUUAAACACGACUUAACGUGCAUCACCAUCAACAGCUUGUGCACUCUGAUGAAAGAGCAAUUAUGUAGAUUUGCAUCUUGUUCUGUGGAGUUCAUCUAGUGGUAUCACGGUAUGUUGGGAAUCUGGCACCUAGGAUUGUUGCCAUACUGCGAGUUGCAGUUAUUAAUUAUAAUCUUGGUUUUUUAAAAUACAAAUUGAUAUACGUCCAAAACUUUGUAUCAUUUAUGCAGAUUUUUUUUUGUUACAGUACCAUCCAGAUAUGAAUAAAAGCCCUGGGGCAGAAGAGAAAUUCAAAGAAAUCAGCGCUGCCUAUGAGGUAUUUGCAUUCUAUGUUUCAUUAUUCAUUGCCCUGAUCUGUGUUAAAAAGUUGUGUACAUCUUUUUAGUUUUAAAUUUAGUUUUUCUUAAGCAGUGUGGGAAUAGUUGUGAUUUGUUGCAGGAACCUAGCGUCUGUAAUAACGUUAUCACAUUAAUAUGUAAAAUAAUCCGGUCAUUCUACUCAAAAGUCAGCCUAUUUUUAAGCACAUGAUUUGACUUCCCUUUUUCAGUGUGGGAGUACUCUAAAAUACUCUCUCUCGUGUUGAGGGUGGUAUUUUGUUUAUCUCUGUUACUUAAAGAACACAAAGACGACACAGAACCCUAGUUGAAACGUGGAACUUUGUUACAAUAAUGGGUUCUGGAAUGGAAAGGAGAAGAGUGAGUUUUGAGUGAGCGGUUGGUUGACCUGCACAGUCUCAUCCGCGCAACUCAUCUUGACAAGACAUAAAACAGAUAGGCAACUUGCAAGUAGAUACAUGCUCUUUCCGGCAUUACGUAGACAGGGUAUAGCUGGCCAACUGACGAAAGUAAACUGUCUGUUCUAAUGGAUAAGUUCCCAAUCCGAGUUAUUGGGUGAUCUGGUUCUAGGCACUAGGUUCCUUUAGCAUAGGUUUCAGCUGAUCGUUCCUAGUGAUGACCAUGUCUAUCAUUUAUGAUAAAUACUUACUUUAUCUAAUGUGCAAAUGCUGUUGACGGGUGAGUAUAGUAGGUAGAUAUCUAUUUGCUUCUCAUGACAUGCGACUGUUUUCUUUCUAAUUGAACACUUCCUGUAGGUACUUUCAGAUGAUGAGAAAAGAUCUUUAUAUGACCGCUUUGGUGAAGCAGGUUUGCAGGGAGACUAUGGAGGAUCCGGUGUUGGUCCGCAAGGGGUAAGUUCAUCUGUGUUCUUUCGUCAAUAGUGAUGGUUGCACUUGGGAUCUUAUUAAAACUGUUGAUGCAGGUUAAUUUCACGCUGAUCAAAAUAAUAACUCUUGUAAUUGGUUGCCUUGUAUGAAUUUUCAUGAUAUUCAGGUGGACCCUUUUGAAGUUUUUGAUGCAUAUUUUGGAGAAUCAAAUGGAUUUUUCAGUGGCAGGGAUUCUGGGGGAAUUAAUUUCGGUGCAAGCAAUCGCAGGCAGAACCUUGAUAUACGGUAUAUCUUUCAUUAUCUUCUCAGUAUUAAUAAUUUGAGCAUUUGAUGGGCUAUUUUUAGGUCACAGUAAGUCCUGGUGAAACUUUCUGGCAAAGAAGUGAUAAGGAUAGAUGGAAAGACAAAAAAAAUUAAAUUCUCUGCAUUGUAAGCGAUAAGUAAAAGCCUUCUACUUCUCUUCUUUCCUUUAAAGUGCAAUAUACUGGUGUUCAUUGAGCUUUCCUCUGAAUAAUGUUGUGUUUGUGUUUCAGUUAUGACCUAUCUUUGAGCUUUGAGGAAUCAGUGUUUGGAGGAAGAAAAGAGAUCGGUAUCGCAUGUUUGGAAACAUGCGAUAGUUGUAAUGGAACUGGUGCAAAAUCUACGACUUCUAUAAAUUUAUGCACGGACUGUGGUGGCCGAGGUGGUGUGAUGAGAACCCAGAGAACUCCUUUUGGAGUGGUUUCUCAGGUAAUCAACUGCAUUCAGUGGAAAAUAACUUUAUUACGUAAUGCUGUCCAUAUCCAAUAUUUUCUCGCUUUCAGAUACUAUACUUUCACGUUAAAGAAGAUGAUUUUUUCCUUAUUAUUAAAAUUUGAUCAAUAUAUCAGCCCUUUCUCGAUAAACUGAGUUGGUUAGAUUUGGUUCUCAACGCUUGAAGAUCGGAGGGAAACAGUGUUGGCUAGCUUUCAACCACUCAACAGAAAUACUACGCUCCUUCAAACAAGAAAAAACGUGGAAUUCGAUUGUUUCCUGCUUAGUUGGUACUUGGUGGGAAGUCAAGACGUUUAUGGUAGCCCUUUCUGUUGUUUAGUUUGGUUGACAGCCUAGAGAAGAACCACCCUUUUUAUUAUUUGUAGUAAAAUGAUCCCGUAAUGAAGAAAAUUAUUUUAUAAUGAAUCAAUCAUAUGCAGAUUCGGUUGUGAGUCGUGAUAGUUGGUGAGAUGGAGUCCAUUUGGCGAGUUUGUGUGCAAAGACCGAUUGAGCAUCUAUGAGGCCCCUUUAGAUGUCUAUGUGAUGUGACCCGUUUGACAAAUGUUUGUGAUGAAGGCUGUUUAGACGUAGCCCAUUUAAGAAAUUUACGAGAUGAAGCACAUUUGGAUUUGUGUAUGAAAUAUUGUCUAUUUGACAGACUUACGGGGUAAAACUAAUUUGAUAUAAUAUCUAUAAAUUGAAUAUGCCCCAUUUGGCAAACUUUGGGUUUAAUGCCUAUUUGGAUACAUUCUUGGGUUGUGACAAAUUGGAGUGUGUAUAGCAUGUUGUUGGUAGGACCCAGGUCUUGGACAGGAGCUGGGCCCCAAAGAACCCUAGAGAGGUGUGGACGUUCGAGAGGUCCCCUGCUCUACCUCAGCCACCGCUGCCCUAGAAUACUCCUCGAGGGGCCCUUCCGCUCUACGACCUGAGCCCUAAUACCUUUUUUCCUUGUGUUGGGAAAAGACCUAGCUACCCCUCAUUAAGUCCUCAUUUGAAGGGAUUGUUUGUUCCUUUGGAAGGAGGUGCUGGGCCCUUUGGGCCCCUCUUCUUGGCCGACUGUAGUUUUGCCCACUAGGGACCUAACAGUUGUCCAUGUCACAAAUUUAUGAGAUAAAGCCCAUUUGGAUGUAUAUAUAUAUAUGCAUGAAUGGAAUAUGACCCAAUUGACAACUCAUGUGUUAAGUUACAUUUGAAUAUGAUAUUGAAUAUAGCUCUUUUAGAAAGCCAGUGUUAUGACCCAUUUGGAUAUGUUUUGAGAUGUGAAGCAUUUGACAAAUUGUGAGUUGCAACUUACUUCCAUGUCUAAUGGGUUAUGUCCUUUUUGGCAUUAUGGUUUGCCACCUGUUUGGAUGUCUUAGGAGAUGUUGACUCAUUUAAAUGUCUAUUGGAUCCAGACCAUUAGAAAAACUCAGAGUUCAUUAUGGCAUAUCUUAUUGUAUGAGUCAUUUGAUGAACUUAUGGCUUAUGGUCCAUUCAAAUAUGUUUACAGGACAUAGCCCGUUAUCAUUGGCCUAGGCCACUGGGCUCGAGUCCACAAUAGAUCAUAAAAGACCCCCAUUUCCAUUGUAGAAGACCAUUGGGCUCACACCCACAAUUGGCCAUAAGAGACCCUUUAGUAUUGAGUUAAAUAAUUUGCUCAGGCCCAUUAUAGGUCAAAGAAGAUUCAUUGGCUCGAGGCUUAGACCACUGGGCUUACAGCGGGUCAUAGAAAGCCCUUUAUUAAGGAUAAAAUACUGUUAUCAGGUCCAUGACAGGUCUUAUGGGGCACAUUAGCGUGGAGUGGGAUCAUUAGACUUACGCCCGCAAUAGGUCAUCAGAAUCCUGUUAUCAUUGUGCGAGACCAAUGGACUUAUAACUGCUAGAGGUCAUAAGCAGCCAUUACUAUCAGGGAAAAUAUCAGGAUGAAGGCCACAGUAGGUCUGAAUGUUUUUCUUUAUGAUUCUAAGUAGAGAUUUCGAAGUGGACUCGAUUGUCACAUCUUUUCGUUAUCUUUUCUCCUCACAGCCGAGUGACAGAUUCUUCCUAGUACUCUUGUCAUCAUCCUCAUGUGUUACUUUUUUCUUUUUGGGGGGUGAAUUGUGCCUCUUUUUAUGCAGAGGUCCAGAAGUGUCCAAAACUGCCAUUUUUUUACCUUUUGUCAAAUGAUUCCUGACUCUCAUUUAUGUUGUUGUUAGAUUUUUAUCCUGCCAUCAAACUGCCAUUUUUGGCCUCACAUUAUUGAAUGACGUGUUAUUGUGAAGACUUUGUAAUUUUAAAGAACUUCUUUUUUUAUUUUUUCAGAUGUCUUUGACGUACUAUAUAGAUUAUGUCACAUGAUUUAUAGGUCUCUACGUGCUCAAAAUGUGGUGGAGAUGGAAAGAUAAUAACAGAGAAUUGCAGAAAAUGCAAUGGUGAAGGCAGAUUGCAAAAAAAAAGGAGUGUCGUGGUAGAUAUACCACCUGGUGUGCACGAUGGAGUUACCAUGCAAGUUCGAGGAGAAGGAAACUUUGACAAGGAAAGGCAAGUAUCUGAUUUUUAACUCAUUCACUCGCAUCAAGCCGUGUAGACUACCCAUUGGAGAGACUUAGAAUCACGGUCCCCAACUUGACACAUUUAAUUGGCUCAUAUCGGGUUGAAAUUCUCCAAUAUCACUUUCGUCCAAUUAGUCAAGUCAGGAAUUAACACUUUUUCUUCUGGGGUAAAAUUUAUUAGCUCUGAAUUCAAUCCUUUUUGAUUGAGAGAAACCUAGCAGCUGCUUUUGAAGUUCGGGAUAAUUUAGCGGGAUUCAGAGUCAGAAGUGUCACGGCCUACAAGAAGAUUGGGGAAGAAAACUGAAGCUAGGACCAGAUGCAUAUUUGUUUGCUUUUGUAUCCGUCCAUGUUUCAAAUUUAUGUGUGCACGUAGGAUUGUUUCACACCUAAUUUUUUGAAUAAGGUUCAUAAUGUGUUUUUAUAUUUGCGUCACGUAAUGCCCUUGUCAACAGAAUGGAAGUAGCUGUUGUGGGUUUCUAUUGUUUAUAAUUCUUUUAUGGUUGCUAAGUCUAAUUUCUGUAAUGACUCUUUGAAUAAAUUUUGGUGUCCUGAUUUUACAUAGUUUUUACUUGUAUCUACUUUUGUAUACUGUGUUCGUCUUUUUUAUAACCCUUUUUUUACAUUUCAAACAUCUUUGCUCAGUUGGAUACCGUUAUUUCCUUUAUUGAUGAGUUUUUGAGGGAAAGUCUCAUCUUACAGUCGGAAAUUUUCUAAAUUCAAUUUGCCGUCCAUUUUUUUUUCUAAGCCAAUACGAUCUUCUUCGCUGUUUUGGUAGUGGAGUUUGAUGACCUUGUUUAUUUUUCCGCAGAGGAAUGGCAGGGGAUCUGUAUGUAUUUGUUCAUGUUGCAGAAAAGAGCGGGAUUCGAAGAGAAGGACUUAACUUGUAUUCCGAUGUUAUCAUUGAUUAUACAAAAGCAAUAUUGGGGACUGUAGUUCAGGUACCUAUUAGUGGCCAUAAGAACGUUUUCUUAUUCUUUUUCUUUUUUUCUAUUUUAACAAAAAUUGUAUGCAUGUUACUGUGGAAUAUAGUUCACUUUUCGUUGCAUAGCAUGAGAUUAACAUUUUUAAAUUUGUUAAGUUGUACAUCUUAGGAGUUGUUUUGCUUUGAUGAAAUUCAAUAGCUGAAUUCAGUUUUGCAUAGUUUGAGUACGCAUGGUAUGUAUAUCAUUUACUAUCUUUCUGUUACCCAUCUAUUAAGGUUUAUGCUUGAUCUUACUGUAUCUAUAUACAUUUGUGUAGAUACACAUGCCCACACAUAGAUGGACGCAUAUUGUAUAGCUGUAAGAUUGUCUUUAGCUUUAUUUGUCCCACUUCAGGAUAAAGUCAUAGACAAAUUUUCUCUGCCCUUUGUUUUCCUAAAAUUCAUGUUUCAAGUCUUCCUGUAACACAUCCGCGAUUGGCAUGAUUUGGAGUACCAAAUAAUGAAAAACAUUAUUACUUGUCCUAAUGUUAUUUUCCGGUUAAUAUUUCUCAGUCUGUUGAUUUAAAAUAUUAUUCAUGUGGUCCUUGAGAAACUUUUGAGUUCUGGACGUUGGAUUUUGAUUCACUUUACUUCAUUUAUUUGGCUUAUGAAGCCUCUUAUAAAGCAUCUUCUUAGUACACAUGAUGGAUCAGUCGACAUGCCAUGCACAAGUACUUUUUUUCAGAUUGAUAUCAAAGUGUGGAAAUUGGGAACAUCAUUCUUUCCAUUUGCAGAAAUGUCACGCACCAGAUUUCGCAUGUUAUUCAGUGCCAUGUGUGUCAUACGAUUGUACAAAAUCGUUUUUAGCUGCUUUGCAUUUCCAAAUGUCAACGAUUAGGAUAGCUCCUCCAUUUUGAUCAGCUUCUGCAUAAAGAUUACGAAAGGUUCGCAUUCACUUGCUGAGGGGACGAUAAUUUAUAUGUUAUCAACAAACUGUGCUCUGAUAUUCUAUAAAAAAAAUUCCCAUCUAUAAUCCAUUCCCGUGUUGUGAAAUAUACACUACUUAUGUUCUGAAAUAUGUUUUUUGAAGAGGAUGCAGGUGGAAUAUAUUAUCAAUUUUAGAAUAAAAUAAAAGUUUCCCGUAGUUUAAAAAAAAUUAUAGAAGAAGACACCUUAAGAAUAGUUAAACAGAAAGUCUUCCCUCUGAUAAAUGUCUCUCCUCUCUCUUGUAGUUGCCUCAAAAAAGAAUCUAAUGAGUUAAUGCAACAUGUGUUUCAAAUGUCUAGAUUUUUCAGCUUCAAAGGCUGAAGAGUGUUCAAAAGGCAUUACAAAAUGGAUAAUCUGAAUACCAAACCACAGUCUAUCGCCGACAAGAAGCCAAGAUUAGUUCCAAGUAAAUGCUUGAGAACUGAACCCAUGAGUACCAUAUCACUUUUAAAACCAAGUGGAAUAAAAUUCAUCAACUUUAAGCAAACCGUUGUUAUGGAUUGUGGAAUGUGUAACCUCACUACUUCUUCCAUGUGUGUCACUUAAUACUUAGUGGAAAGCACAGUCCCUCUCAGAUCAAAGUUAAAACGUAAACAUAGCUUACAUCUUAAUGUCAGCGCGUGUAUUAAGUUUAAAGGUGUUUACCAUCAUUUCUCUUUCUCAGGUGGAAACAAUUAAUGGGUACAGAGAUCUUCAUAUUCCUCCUGGGACACAACCUGGAGAGAUGCUAAAACUUCCGAAUAUGGGGGUUCCAAACAUGAAGAAACCAUCUGUUCGUGGAGAUCAUCAUUUUGUUGUGAACAUUGAAAUUCCAAAGGAUAUCAGGUUAAGCUUCCAAACAAGCGAGAGAUGUUUUCUCGUGCUCUUUCAGAAUGUUAACUUUUUCGAUUUUUGAAUUCAAUACAUGGUUGAACUUACUUUUUAAGAAAAGCCAACUCCACUUGGAUCAAAUGGAUCUCUUUGUACUUUAGGGUCAUAUAUUGUCUCAUACUGUUCCUCACGCAUUCAUGUCUCAAUUCUUAUCUUAACUACUGUUAUUUUUUGCUGUACUAGUCUCGCCAGUCUCCUAGUUCUUAUGAUUUGUAAACUGGUGACUGAUUCCUUCAACAACUUUUGCAUAUUGGGCAGUCUCAUGUAGGGCAACGUUUUGUUUUAUAACCUCAUGUAAAUGCACUAAAAAAAUGUAGAAUUCAGGGGUCAAAAGCACUAGUGAUAUGAUCGGACAAAAGAGGAUAUCUGGAGUUUGCUAAUUAAAAAAUCUUUAUUGUUGCUUAUCUUGACAACACAGGACAGAUGUAUGGAUAAACUGUUACGAGAUAAAGUGGAAGCAGGAAAAGGGAAAAACUGACUUAGCCCUUCUCAGGGCAGUACGCUAGUAUUUAUAUUGGCGUCUAAUAAACUUUCCGAGAAAGGUCUAACAAUGGGAACACAAAAAAAGGAAAUACAUCUAAUAGGAGGACAAAGAAAAAUAGAAUAAAAGCCUAAUAUAGAAGACUUGUUCUGCGAAACAUAAACAUGUAGAUGUAUAUACUCAGGGAGAUAUGUAUAUAUGGACACACACACACACACACACACACACACACACGGGAGGGAAAGAGCAGCAAGAAAGCAUGGGUCUCGAGCAGUAGAUAGUUGUGUCUGUGGAUUAAUACAGGGGAGGCGAAAACGCCAGUAUAAUGUGGCCAUCAUGGGCUAAACCACUCGAGACAGAGGGGCUGGUAUUCACUGAUAAAUAGGUUAUUUGGGAGAAAGGGAAAAAUAGUAUAUAUUUCAUAUGCAUGUCAUAGACAUUUUGGUGGAUGGAUGUAACAGGGCUUUUCUUUCCCCCAACAUAAUUGUCCAGAUAUGUGUGUCCUUACGUAGUGCAAGUUAAAUGGAGGAAGUGAACUCUGAGCUGGACCAAUUACCACUCAAUAAUUCUUUUGGUGGAUGGCGUUGCUCGUAUUGGGGUUGAAUCAGUAA